ACUGCUCCUGGGUGGCGAGGUCACAAGUUCCCAUGAGGCACUGCCCCUACAGCGGAUCACACUUACCCACAGGCAGGGCGGAGAGAGGCUGAGACACUGGCGAGGCAGCUGGACGCGAGGGGAGAAGAAGUCCGGACUCACACCGAGGGGAAGCGAACAUCUGGCGCGUCUGAGAGCCGACAGGGGGAAUGACCAAUCACCCUUCACAGGCUAACGGCAUGCACUGCCUCCGGAAGGAGCAUCUGUACAAGGUGCUGGUGAUCGGGGACCUCGGGGUGGGGAAGACCUCCAUCAUCAGGCGCUACGUGCACCAGACCUACUCCAACAACUACCGGGCCACCAUCGGAGUGGACUUCGCCCUGAAGGUGCUGAACUGGGACUCGGAGACUGUGCGGCUCCAGCUGUGGGACAUCGCAGGUCAGGAGCGUUUUGGAAACAUGACGCGAGUGUACUACCGUGAAGCCAUGGGAGCCUUCAUAGUGUUCGACGUGACGCGGCCCACCACCUUCGAGGCGGUCAUCAAGUGGAAGGAGGACCUGGACUCCAAGCUGAUGCUUGACAAUGGACAGAGCAUCGCCACUGUGCUGCUGGCCAACAAGUCUGACCAGGGCAGAGAGCUGACCAACAGCGCCAUGAAAAUGGACCAGUUCUGCAAAGACCACGGCUUCGUCGGGUGGUUCGAGACCUCAGCUAAGGAUAAUCUCAACAUCUGUGAAGCUGCAAACUUUCUGGUCAAGCACAUCAUGGCCACGGAGAAUGAAAUCAUGAAAUCGAUGGUAUCGGACACCGUCUCACCGCAGUACGACGACGACAGACAGACGAGCUGCUCCGGCUGCUUCAAACAAUGAGGGGGUGAUGGUGGGACGGAGCAGAGUCACGGGAGGACAAAGAGGGACAGACACACACCACACGGCCCUCCAUGGACGUCUGAGUACCCACGGUGCAGUUCGGCUCCUCUGGUCCGAAUCGGAGUUGAACAUUGUUUGCUGCAUUUUUCACUUUCUGCAGUAAACCAGAGCUGAAGCGACGUGGACUCGGGAGCUGGACAAGUUUGAAGAGAGUUUUGGGAACUCAUGGUUAAAGUUUCUGACUUCAGUGAGACAGAACACCCACGUGGACGCUCUUUGGUAUUAAUGUACGAGAUUAUUUAAAGCAUUAUAACGUCAGCCUCGCUGUUUGGGAACUGUUCCUUUAAGAUGGUUGAGAUAUUAUUCUCACUUCCUCUAAUGUAACAGCUUUUCACUCUGACUAAACUAAAUAAACCAGUAAAUACUGGAGCCCGGCCGAUUUACAAUCAGCCAAUAUGAACCUUUCCCAGAUGUUCAUGUCUGCUGAUGUGAUAACUUUUAUUUUACAUAAUAAACGUGUAAUAAACGAGCAUUUAACAUUUAUGUCUACAUUAUAUCCUAAUUCAAGUUCUGUAUGUUUGGUUGUAUUUGUGUUUUCUUUUAAUUUAUAGUUAUUUACGAUAACGUGUGUGUUUAAACUAUAAAAUAUCAAACCUUUGGGGUUUAAAAACAACA